GGAGCGCGGGGGCCGGCGGCAGCGGGGUUGGGCGGCCUGGGCAGCGAGCGGGUAGCGCGGGGUCAGCCUAUGUGACUGGGCGGCGCCGGCGCGGCCUCCGUCAGGGGAGGAUUCAAGAUGACCAACGAGGAACCUCUUCCUAAAAAGGUUCGACUGAGUGAAACAGACUUCAAAGUGAUGGCACGAGAUGAAUUAAUUCUCAGGUGGAAACAAUAUGAAGCAUAUGUACAAGCUUUGGAGGGCAAGUACACAGAUCUUAACUCUAAUGAUGUAACUGGCUUAAGGGAAUUUGAAGAAAAACUAAAGCAACAACAGCAAGAGUCUGCACGCAGGGAAAACAUUCUUGUAAUGCGACUAGUAACCAAGGAGCAAGAGAUGCAGGAGUGUACUACUCAAAUCCAGUACCUCAAGCAAGUCCAGCAGCCUAGCGUUGCCCAACUGAGAUCAACAAUGGUAGACCCAGCGAUCAACUUGUUUUUCCUAAAAAUGAAAGGUGAACUGGAACAGACUAAAGACAAACUGGAACAAGCCCAAAAUGAACUGAGUGCCUGGAAGUUUACGCCUGAUAGCUUUUUUCUCUUCCCCCUCCCCUUGCUUCAGAGGCCUGAUGGCGUCGGACUAUUCCGAAGAAGUGGCCACCUCCGAAAAAUUCCCCUUCUAGAACAUGUAGACACUUGAGAAGUGUUUCUGUUUGAAGAAAAUAGAGGGAGAAACAGAAGUCUUAAGUCUGUGGCACACUGUGUCUUCAGACAGUUUGGAGGAAUGAAAACCUAGAGAUUUAAAAUCAUGGACUGAACAUGUAAAAUUCCAGUAAAUGUAAAGAUGGAAUAUGCAUCGCUCUUAACCUUGAGCAUAGUGACUUAGAGACACUGUAUAUCAGUUUUGCCAAUAAGACUGUGGACUUCGUGAUUGUUGUUGAACUUCUGGGUCAAACUCAAAUGAGGUGAAUUUUGCCUUUAAAGGGUUUAUUUGCUAAGAACCAACUUAAUAGUCAUGAGAGAAUCAAAUAAUAGAUGUCAGUACAA